AUGUCAAUCUCACUUCCUAACGGCACUUUGCUCGCCGCCCCUUCAUCCUCUUCUACGCCCGUCACAUUAUCAGCCGCUGUGACAAGAAUUUUACACUUGGCUAAUUUCUCAGCAGACCUCAAGACUCGAGACCUUCAAAACAUGUUCAAAGAUUGGGAAGCCGAGAAAGGUGGAUUCCGAAUCAAGUGGUUAGAUGAUGUUAACGCUUUGGUCGUAUUUGCUGAUGCUUCAAUUGCCAAACGAGCCUACCUCUCUCUCCUUCUCCAUCCCCCUUCACAAUUCUCGGGCCUCAUCAAGCCCUAUGACCGACCCGACGCCGCUCAGAUCAUCCAAUCUCUCGCAGCACGUUCAUUAGGCCAUCGAUCAACCGGUUCAGCACUCAACGGAUCGAUCUCUUUCCCAUUUCCUACCAAUAACGAUCCUGCUCAACCCCAAAUCCACUCUAGAGCUAUGUCAGUGACCAACCCCCUAAACAAGGGUGGUUCGGGAUCCAUAUCAAUCCAACCUGGAGGAUCGAUCUCCAACGUUCUUAACGGUGGUGGGGUGGGGGGACAUGUGAGAGGAUCGACCGCUCCACAACGUAUUGGUGGUGGUGGAGGGGGACAUCAUCGAACUUCAUCAGCAAGUUCAUCUUGGAAUAAUCGAGCUAGCGGUUCAUUCGGUGGAGGAGUAUUAAGUUUCUCUUCAUCGUCUGUGGCUGCCAACAAAUUACCUACACAUAACGAAACUUCCCCUCACCCCCAUUCGCUCGCUGCUUCCAGGUCGACUAGCGAUUCAGAUGGUGAACCAAAUAUCGUCAUUCUAGAUCCGUCUGCCACCCAGGGCUUGAAAACGAGAUCUAAUACCGCUCCGAAUGGAAAUACAAAUGGGAGGGGUAGAAGGGAAAGUGUAAGUGCGGAGAAAGCUAUGAGAGAAGUUGAAAAAGCUUUGGCAUCGGUAGAAGCUCAGGGAUAG